GUAAACAAACAAAAAAGCUCAAUUUCUCGAAUUAAAAUGAGUUUUUUGGGAUUAGUGGCGGAUUAUGGGUCUUCUGAGGAGGAUUCCGAGCAGGAAAUUGGAGAAAAAAUCAAGAAAGAGGUCCUGAGUGAGGAUCCGAGUGACACAAGCUCCGAAAAUGACGAGGAAAAUGACGAAAAAGAGUCUAAACAGAAAGUUACCAUGAAAUUACCGAGCGCAGCGGACCUGUUAGGCGCUUCCAGUAGUCAAAAAGUGCAUGGAGGAGUCUUAACGAACAAGUACAAGUUGGAAGAAGAUCAAAAAAUCGCAAAUCUUGAACGACAUGUCAAAAUGGUUAACACAGAUUUGAACACAAAAACGAAGAAUGGCAAGAAAAUUUGUUGGAGUUAUCGCAAGGGUCGAUGUCGAUUUGGCAGUUCUUGCACCUUUGCACAUGAUUCUGACGUACAAACCUCCAGUUCAACAGCUUCUGGUUCGUUGGAGGAACCAAAAAGUACAAAACGAAAGUCAAGUGAGACAGAAAUCGAACAAAAUCGCGGAAGCGGAGUCAAGAAAAAGCGUCCUGGAUUGUCGAAUACACUAAUUCCGGGCAAAAAAGUCGUCCAAAUGUACAAAAAUUUGAAAAAUUCGUAAUUAUUAAGCAACUAUUUAAUUUAUUUCUUCAUUCAAUAAUAAUAAUUAUUACUAUU